AAUUGAAAAAUCAUAUUGAUCAAAUCUUAACAAACUUCUCUAAUGAAGAUUAUAUAACCUUGUUUGAUGAUUUAGCAAGAUACUUUGGUUUAAAAUAUAGAAAAGGUGGGAUUUAAAAAAUUUGGAUAACUUAAUAAAACUUAAUCAGAAAACAAAUUUAAUAUAUAAAGUACUUAGUACUACCGUGUUUACUUAAUAUCUUCUAAAUCCUCCAUAUGUUUCUAGAAGUCAAUUGUAGUUACUUUACCUUACUUUAAUAUGCUUCUUACCUUUAAGCAUUAUAAAGUUUGACAAUUUCCUGUAUACAAGUAUCACCACUGAAAAGGGCAAAAAAAAAUUGUGUUGACGUGUGCUACUGAAAAUUGGCAACAGCAUAAUACACACUUCAUAGUUGAUCUACCACACUUUUAUUAGUAUCAAGGACCAUCAUGGCAGAUAAUUCAACUAAUUCAACGUUUACUUCCACUGAGGAACUUCCUCCUCCUGUUAAAAUCUCAGUUUUAACUCCUUUAAUCUAUACUUUUAUUUUAUUAUCUAUAUUUAUCACAUUUUCCAUUUUAUAUCGUCGAAAUAGAGUGAAACAAUUAUCUAAAAUCGAACCAAUCUUUGGUGAAAACCAUCCUAAGAGAAUAUAUGAGUUCUUGAAACAACAAGUUAUCGAUCAACCUGAUAAUAAACCUCAUGAAAAAGUAUUGAAGGCUGCCUUAUUAAGAAGAAGUGUUGAAGCAGUUAGAAGAACCAUGAAAUUAAAAGAAAAUCAACCUAUUUUUAAUAAAUUAUAUCAAGAUGGUUUAAUUGGGGAUGAUGUUUAUAAACAAUUUGAAAUUGAAAUGAAAUUACAAGAAUUGGAAUUUAGAGAAAUCUUGACUGAAUGUGAAACAUUUAAAAAGGGUUGGGUUCAAACUUUCAUACCUUUAAGUCAUGAAAUUUGUUUUAAUGAAGCUUUAAGAAGAAGAUUAUAUAGUAUGGAUGAUAGAUCUGAAAGUUUGAUUGAAAUGUGGGAAUAUUUUGGUGAAAAAUUAGGUGGUGAAUCAGAAAAGAAAGAAGUUAAACCAAUCGAAGCUGCUACUGAUGAAGUAUCAGAAUCAACUAAUGAAAAGAGUACUGCUGCAAAGAAGAAGAAAGCUACUAAGUCUGGAAAGAAGUAAUCAACCGUCUUCAUUCUUCCCCAUUGCAUUAAUAAAAAUUGUAUUUAUAUAUAUAUUUCUGUAAGUACCCUAUUUAUUAGAUAAAUCAUCAUUUAUCAAUAAUACAACUUAAUAUUUGAUAACUUUACAUAUGUAACAAUCCCAGACUUCAAUUGUAUACAAGCUGAAGACUCUUCUUACAACAUACUUGAUCAAUAUAUUCAUAAG